GCAAGAUUUAUUAAGGCAGGCAGUCUCCAUCUUUAUUAUUCAUUCAUCACGACCCAUCUGGAUGGUGCUAAAUCUACUUCGACACGGUUAAGGCAGAAUCCGAUACUGGCUCCACCUUUGCCACGUAUCCUCAGGUCUCCAUAUAAGUAUCCCCUUUCAACUCAAGGGUCUUCCCAAUUUCAGGCCUCUGGUUCAUAAUACCUCCAAAGUUUUUGUUGUCAGUUCCUGAUUGUUUUUGUGUCCGUUUCUGUUACAAGUUAGAACCCACUGAGCAGCUAAUAUGGGUCGUUUAUGGACGUUGCUUACUCAUGUUCAUGCAUUUUCUGGGCCUGUCUUGAUGUUGCUAUACCCCUUAUAUGCAUCAGUAAUGGCCAUAGAGAACCCCUCCAAAAUGGAUGAUGAACAGUGGCUUGCUUAUUGGAUCAUCUAUUCUUUUCUUACUCUUACCGAGAUGGUCUUCCAAUUCAUCUUAGAAUGGAUUCCUAUUUGGUACACAUUGAAGCUAGUGUUGGUGGCAUGGCUAGUUCUUCCACAGUUCAGAGGAGCAGCUUUCAUAUACGAGAGAUAUGUGAGAGAAAAUGUGAAGAAAUAUACAGGGGAGAGACAUCAGCAUAAUUCUCAUCACAGUAGUGGCAAGCCCAACUAAAGGAAAGCAUGAGCCUCACUGUGAUGAAGAAGACUAAUUAAGUGAAGACGUGUUGGUGGCUUGCUUGUGUGGGGAUAUAAAUACAGUUGUGCUUUAUUUUCUCAUUCAGUUGGUUGCAAACCGUUUUUAAUGCUGAAUUAAUGUACAAUUAUUACCAGUUGAAACACUGCUAGCGCUAGUCUCAAUCUGCUUUCUGUAAUUGUUAGAUCAUGGUAAUACUCGUCUAUGUUGUGAUUCCUAUAGCUGUGGUUGUUAAGAAUAACGAUGCUUUAUGUAAUUUUUUUACCUAUCUGUUA